AUGAUUCGGCUGCCGUGCCCGCGUACAAAUGACGAAAUUGCUCAGUACCCAGGUCGGCGGCAAGCGCGGUGCGUGCUUCGCUCUGACCGUCGGAGUCGAACAUCAAAAACAGAUCGCGUCCGGCGCGGGACUGUUCGUGCAGCCAUUGUUCGACCCGGUUCAUGCGACUUCUCCCAGGCCGCACUGCCCAGCCGCACAGGCUUCGCACAGCGGGCAAUAAUCCGCCGCCUGCAGGCGAGCACUGUUGACGAUCGAUAG